AUGAGUGAACUAUUGACAAAUCUCACAAAUUCCACCUCGGCCGCCGCUGCGGCUGCAGCUGAAAUUGUUACGAACUUCUCGUCGACAACAAUUGCACCCAUAGCCGCCUCAAUCUCCGAUUCAUUUGAUUUUGAUUUAUUACAAAACUAUUCAGUGUUAAUAAAUAAAUUGGAACAAUUGGCCUUGGGUGUUGAUCCGAAUUUGGAAAAUAUUUCCGUCAAUCACAAGGAAUUUGAAAUCUCUUUGGCAAAUGGUGGCACUGUCGAUUUGCUGGGUGAUCCCAUUGCCUCAAGUCGUGCUGGCCCGCCACGCAUCACCUAUGCCAAGGGCCUGGAUGAAGCCGACUAUUCACGUGUUGUCAGUGAUAUAUGGAUUGGUAUAAUACUGACGCUACUCAUAGUGUCUGUGAUAUUUUUCAUAUGUGCCUGCUUUUUGUAUCAUAAAUUUCAACAGUGGAAGAAUUCAUGUAAGUAUUUUGGGAAAAGGGAAAAAAUUAAAUUAUAA